AUGUACCAAAAAUCAAUAAUUCCUUCGAGAGGACUAAUGCGCCAGUUCGUAUUACGUGGCAGAAGCACGAUAACCAAAGGGUUCUUUGUUCGAAGAAAUGUUUCCACUCAUAGUAGUGUAUCAAUAGGGAAAUUCGUCCAAGAAGCUACCAAUCCAGCCAACAAAUCCCAAAUAUACAUAUCACGAACAAACGAUCCAUUCAUUAACUUAUCUAUCGAGCAUUAUCUUCUACAAAAGACCCCCGCAGAUUCUACCAUCUUAUUUCUCUAUACCAAUGAACGCAGUAUUGUUAUUGGACGAAAUCAAAACCCUUGGAAUGAAGUGAAUCUUGGUCUACUCGCACAAUCCCCAAUUGGAGAUGUAGCAUUGGUUCGACGACGUUCGGGUGGAGGAACAGUCUUUCAUGAUCUUGGAAAUGUCAAUUACUGUGUCAUAUGCCCUACGUCGCAUUUCGAUCGCGAUAAACAUGCCGAGAUGGUAGUGAGAGCUUUACAUAAGCUUGGUGUUGAUCGGGCUAUGGUUAAUGCUCGACAUGAUAUAGUAUUGAAGCCAACAGACGUGGGUACAAGCGGGUUCAAAGUAUUCAAGGUAUCAGGUUCGGCCUACAAAUUAACAAAGGAAAGAUCUCUUCACCAUGGUACUUGUCUACUAAACUCUCCAAAUAUUGCAGACAUUGGCAAAUUCUUGAGGUCCCCUGCAAUGAGAUUCAUCACUGCUCGUGGUGUGGAAAGUGUUAGUUCUUCAGUUGCAAAUGUCAAGAUUCAAAAUAAGGCAUUCGAACAAGCCGUAGUAGAGGAGUUUAGUGAGAUGUAUGGUCCUAAAGAACCAAUACUCUUACGGGAGGAUGUCAAAGAAGUUCCCGAGAUAUCUAAAGGUUUGGAAGAGCUUACUUCUUUAGAUUGGAUAUUCUCACAAACUCCCCAAUUUUUGUUUUCAGCAGAUACAUCAAUAAAAAAUAAAAACACACAGCUUCCGCUUCCCAGAGACUUGCCACCAUAUUUCAAGGCCAACUUCACAGCACGAAAUGGAGCUAUCAUCGAGGCUGAUGUGGAAUAUAAAGAAAAUGGCGAAACGGUCCAAAUUGGGAAGGACCUUGUGAACAAGAAGAUACAUGAAAUCGAAUGGAACAUGUUCCCUAGUAGUUUUGCUGAGGAACCUUUGAAAUGGUUCAGCAGAUUAUUCUCCCACAAAUUUGUGGAUUGGAGAAGAGAACGGAAAAGGGAUGCUUGA